UUUACGCGACUGAGUUCACGUAGGACCCCUCAUUGACGGAACUUUCGUGAUGGAGUCCAGAUCACGACGUCGGUCCCGCUCUAAGUCCAGAAGUCGCAGUCGGGAUCGGCGAAACCGAUCCAGAAUAAGCAGGUCUCGAUCUCCGGAGACAAGGAGACGCCGCAGUCCGUCUUUCGAUCCGAAAAGAACCGCCCGCGGACGGGGGCGGUCCGGCAGCGGGAACUCCAGCGUUGGCUCUCCAGACCGACGUCGGCCCCAACACAGGGGGGACCGGCCGGGUUCCAGGAGCGACUCGGAGAGCGACAGGAGGCGAGGAGCGCUCCGGCCCGGCAGCAGGUCCAGGGCCCGAUCAUCGAGUUCGGAUUCAUGUGAUCCCAACGUGAGGAGGCAGGGAAAGGAGAUGAAGAACCGGAGAGGAAAAUCUCUAGAGCGAAGGAGGGCACGGUCCCAGUCCAGCUCUGACUCCCACGACGAAGGCAGCAACAUAGAAAGGAGAAGGCAGAGAAGCCCAGACCGGGGGAGUCCAACCAGAAAUAGGCAGAGGAGGGAGCCGGACAGAGACAGAGGCAGAGAGAGGCGGGAGAGCAACACCAAAGACAGGGACAGAAAAGGAGACGGUGACAAAAGCCUGGAGCGCAGGAAGAGGAGUGAAGAGAGGGAGCAAGGGAGGAGCGAGAGAGGCCGAGAGCUGGCCGACAGAGGCCGGCAGCGCUCCAGUUCCCCCGAUUCGUCUGAUAGCUCAGAGUCUGAUCACGGUGGCCGUGUAGUCAAAGAAAAGGAGGACAAGAAAAAUCAGAGGGAGAUGCUGAAGGCGCUGGAGACGCCAGAGGAGAAGAGGUCCAGGAGACUGGCAAAGAAGGAGGCGAAGGAGAAGAAAAGGAGAGAAAAGAUGGGCUGGAGUGAGGAGUACAUGGGUUACACCAAUGCAGACAAUCCCUUUGGAGACAACAACUUAUUGGGCACAUUCAAAUGGCAGAAGGCGUUGGACAAGAAAGGUAUCGGCCAUCUGGGAGAGAAAGAGCUCAAAGACCGAAACAAAUGCAUUCAGGAGGAGAAUCGCAGAGAGCUGCAGAAGGUGAAACAGCUGCGUCUGGAGCGGGAGCGGGAGAAGGCCAUGAGGGAGACGGAGCUGGAGAUGCUCCAGAGGGAGAAGGAGGCCGAGCAUUUCAAGACCUGGGCUGAGCAGGAGGACAACUUCCAUCUGCAUCAGGCCAAACUGAGGUCGAAGAUCCGAAUCCGCGACGGUCGCGCCAAGCCCAUCGACUUAUUGGCCAAGUACAUCAGCGCAGAAGACGACGAUCUCGCCGUGGAGAUGCACGAGCCGUAUACCUUCCUCAACGGGCUAACGGUCACCGACAUGGACGACCUGCUGGAGGACAUUAAGGUGUACAUGGAGUUGGAGCAGGGGAAGAACGUGGACUUCUGGAGAGACAUGACCACCAUCACCGAGGACGAGAUCAGCAAACUGAGAAAACUGGAGGCUUCUGGGAAAGGACCGGGUGAUCGCCGUGAGGGCAUCAACACUGCUGUGACCAUCGAUGUGCAGACGGUGUUCAAGGGGAAGACGUACAGCCAGCUGCAGGCGCUGCACCUGAACAUCGAGACGAAGAUUCGGGCUGGAGGAUCCAAUCUCGAUGUCGGCUACUGGGAGAGUCUGCUGCAGCAAGUCAGAGUCUACAUGUCCAGGGCGAGGCUGAGGGAGAGGCAUCAAGAUGUGUUGCGGCAGAAGCUGUUCAAGCUGAAACAGGAACAAGGGGUGGAAAGUGAACCUUUGUUCCCCAUCAUCAAAGAGGAGCUGAGGAGUGAGGAUGACGAGGAGACCAAAGCAGAGGAGCCUGGCCAAUCGUCAUCGCCCGCCACAAGAGACAAGAACCGAGAGACGGAAGGGGACGACGAGGGGGCGGGCCCAUCGACGUCCGCGGAGGGAGACGCCGACGGAGGAGACAAGAAGAAUGAAGAGAAAGAGGGCGAGGUGGUGGAGGCCGUGCUGACGGAGGAGGAUUUGAUCCAGCAGAGUCAGGCGGAGUACGACUCCGGCCGCUACAGCCCCACGCUGCUCACCACCUCCGAGCUGCCGCUGGACACCCACACCACCACCCCGGAGGAGGACGAGACCAGACUGCAGCUAGCUCGCACACAGCUACAGGUCACAGGAGACGCCAGCGAGAGCGCUGAGGACGCCUUCAUCCGCCGCGCCAAACAGGGCAUGGGCAACGACGAGGCGCAGUUCAGCGUGGAGCUGCCGAUCACCGGGAAGAUGUACCUGUGGGCGGACAAGUACCGGCCCCGGAAGCCCCGCUUCUUCAACAGGGUCCACACGGGCUUCGAGUGGAACAAAUACAACCAGACCCAUUACGACUUCGACAACCCGCCGCCCAAGAUCGUCCAGGGUUACAAGUUCAACAUCUUCUACCCGGACCUGAUCGACAAGCGCUCCACGCCGCAGUACUUCCUCGAGCCCAGUCCCGACAACAAGGACUUUGGGACCUUGCGGUUCCACGCGGGCCCGCCGUACGAGGACAUCGCCUUCAAGAUCGUGAACAGGGAGUGGGAGUACUCGCACCGACACGGCUUCCGCUGCCAGUUCUCCAAUGGUAUCUUCCAGCUGUGGUUCCACUUCAAGAGGUACCGCUACAGGAGAUAGAGGCCACGGACCAGCAGGGACCAGAGCCCCAGUCUGCAGGGUGUUCACCAUGCUUUCUAUAUUAUGUGGUUUUUACAGUCAACGUACUUAGUUUUAUGGUUUUUAGCUGCUCCAACACCGAAAAGCAGCUGGUUAAAGCUACAAAUUAUUCUGUACUGUUGUCUGAAAAAGUACUUUGUAUGGUUGUCAGAAAUUCGACAUUAAAGUUUUUUCCCCUUUUUA